UGACCCCUCCAGAGGGGUCCCGUGGAAGGAUGACCAGCCCCCGCCGACAGCUGUGCUCGUGCACCGUUUGUGUGACUUUCGCAGUCUGUCCCCGGUACCAUGGCGUCUGGCGAGGAGGACGGAACCGUGGAGGAGAAAGAAACCAACAACAAGAAGCGGACGAAAGGCGCCAUCGCCACAACAUGGCUCACAAUCUACAACAUCGCCAUGACGGCCGGGUGGCUGGUACUGGCUCUUGCCAUGGUCCGGUUUUACCUUCAGAAAGGAACCCAUAAAGGCCUGUACAGAAGUAUAGCAAGGACACUGAAGUUUUUUCAAACACUUGCGCUGCUGGAGGUUGGACACUGUGCAAUUGGAAUUGUGCGGACAUCUGUAAUUGUGACCGGGGUCCAAGUAUCCUCUCGGAUAUUCAUGGUUUGGUUCAUUACAAACAGCAUCAGACAGAUUCAAAACCAGGAGAGCGUGAUCCUAUUCGUGGUGGUGUGGACGGUCACAGAGAUCACACGCUACUCUUUCUACACCUUCAAACUUCUCAAACAUCUGCCAUACUUCGUCAAAUGGGCCAGAUAUAACAUGUUCAUUGUCAUGUACCCGUUGGGAGUAGUUGGUGAACUGCUGACCAUAUAUGCUGCCUUACCUUACGUUCGGCGAUCGGGCAUGUACUCUCUGAGGCUCCCGAACAAAUACAACGUCUCCUUUGACUAUUACUACUUCCUGAUCAUCGUCAUGCUGUCCUACAUCCCAUUGUUUCCUCAGCUGUACUUCCACAUGCUGCGUCAGAGGAGAAGGAUGCUUCAUGGAGAAAUCAUAGUGGAGAAAGACGAGUAGACAGAAACCAUCCCCAAACCCCAAAUAGCAUAUAUUCAAGUCUCUAUGCAGCCUUCAGUCUGCGGUCAAAAUAAGAAGGAUGGAUGGAUGCACACUGUGUUUCCAGAGCCAGGAACAUCUCAAACUACCAAUCCCCUCCAACUGUUAUUUAUUUUUUAUUUUAUUUUUUCAUUUCUCAAUGGAAUCGCUAACAAAGUCAAAGGUUUUCAAGCAAAGUACUAGGACACCCCAACUUCAUCGGUCAUCGCAGAUCUGCGUUCCAAAAACCUCUUCACGCUGUGUUUUGAACAAGACCUUUUGGAUAAAUUCUUCUGUCAAACUAAACCUCAUCCCUAGAUUGAAUCAAAACUCACCCUUGCUCUGGAUUUUAACAUUAUCAAUAGUUAUCUACUACACUUUGGAUUCAAUCUCACCUGACCCGGACUUAAUUGUGGUGAUGUUAAAAAGGCCAGCUUUGACUAGCAUGAAUGUCCAUGCUGGUCGAGCCUGUUUUUAGUUUUGCUAAUUACUGCUCAUCUGGAGCUGGUCUAGCUGGUAGACCAGCAAAACUGGUUGCCCAGCCAGGUCUUGUUCAUUGACUAAGUCUGGUUAACUUGAGCCUGAUCUCAUGAAAAUGAUGUGACUGUUGCGACAUUUUUGAAAGAUUAUAUUACGUGGCUACUUACGCUUAUUACAGCAGUUCUGAGGUGAAAUGUUCACUGCGUGGUGCUAAAAGUGAGUCCGAUUUUCUCCAGAACACAUGAGAUUUUUAAGGUUAAUGCUCUUUUGAGUUUUACAUCAACAAAACCUACAGUACUCCCCUAAACCUAAACCUGACCGAUAGUGUUAGAUAAAGCAAUUGUGGCAUGCAAAACACAAUUUCUGAAGCAACAACUUCAUUUUGUGGUGCUUUUGUGAAACUUUCGUUCACAUGUCGACUCGCAUGCACUUCAGGACUCGUACUCCGGUCGUUUGCAUUGCAAUUUCAACGCUCUCAGUUAAGCUACCGCGCAAAUUGACCACGCUCGAACAAACUUAAAAUGUAUCGCCUUGCGAUAGUCAUGCGCUGUAGUAAAAGUGUUUAAAUUUCAUAUGAUAGUAUUGUGUGAGGAACAGGGCGAGAAGUGCUUAUGAAUUGAUAAUAUGCCAUUUGAUUUGCGUUAAAGUGAAUAUAAGUCAUUGUUGUUGUAGCGCCUCUAGUGUUCAUUUAACCAAGAGACUGCCACGAUACGUACAAUGAGCCACGUUAAAAUCAUUUAGCAAAAAUGUAGGUAUAGUAACGUGAUUCUAUGAGACCAGGUUGGUUGGGGACUCCAGCAAACCAGCAUCCCAUGGCACACAGUGCUAGUCUUUUCAGCAGGAUUAUGUUGGAUAGUGGCUGGACAGAUCUGGGAUUCAGUCAUUUAUAUUACCUUAUCUUACCAUAUCCAUCUAAAUGGUAAAAACGCUAGUAUAGUAGAUGGCCUUUUCAACACAAUAACACAAUUUCACACAAGCAAUGAAGACUAAGAGAAGGAACUAGUGGAUUGAACGUAUGUAAAUUUUAUUUUUAAGUGCAUUUCACAGAUUAUUUUUCAUUCAUAAGAAAGAGGUAUAAAAAAGGCAGUAAAACAUUCUUAAUCAAAAUAAACAAUCAACCUAUGUGUCAAACAGUUUUAAGGGUUUAUCUCUUAAGUAAUUGUGAAAAUUAUUGUCAAGACCUCUUCAUCUAGGUGUCAAAGAUGUUCUUAUGUUGGACAAGCAAGGUUUUCCAAACUCUUAAGUGUGUGAAAUCAUUUCUUUAGAUUGUCGGAACUAGUCAUGUGCAAAUGCUUUUUGUUUUGAAUAAUAAUAUAAGGGUUUAAGGCAAAGAGGGAAGAACGUCGCAACCUUCAGAAAUAUUUUGUACACUUCAAUAUGCACUAUGAUUCUUUUUGUUGUUUCAAUGUUUACAAUGCAAAGUAGAGUAACUAAACUGGUGGAGUUUAUAAAGGUAGUUCUGUAGAAAACAAGCAGCAUAGGUUAAGUUUAUCCAAGACUCGUUUGACAUUGAAUGCUAAAACCUUUAGUCCGUUUAGCUGUCAGACCGUCUGUGUUGUAUUGUUCUUUUUUGUAAGAAACUUGAGUUUCGUACGCUCUGUUUUUGAGCGAAUUCUCUCUCUACGGUGCUACAUCAUUUUAUUGUUCUGUGCAGCUGAAAGAAGGGGAUUUUGGGUGAAGAAAAGAGGUGGUGAAGUAAUUUGAAACAAACGUGAAGACCUCAGAUGACAUUUUCAUGUAAUUUAAUUCAACAUCUGGCAGUCGUACUGAAUGAAUAAAGGUCUUGUUUUCAAACAGAAGAAUGAAAGGAACAAUAAAAAGAACUAUAACAAUA